GUCAUCUUCUUCUAAAGACCAAAGUAGCGCAGUUUCCUCCUCGUCAGUCUCUGCAUGCAGAAAGCUUCAAACUACAAGCCAGCAAAUUCACCACACAAAGAGGAAAAGGAAAAGCGAAAACAGAGUACUAGCUAGCUCGCUCUUGGGUUGAUCAGUUCACAUUCAACAAUGGUUCUGCCCCUCAUCAGCCUAGUUUUGGCUCAUCUUUCUGUCGAAGAUUUCGUUCGUUUCCUCACCCACCUGAAGCUCAUCAAUCUCGCAUUACUAAUUCCAUUCACCAUGCUUUCAGUCAUCCUUGCAACCAUCUACUUGAAGAGUCGUCCGACACAAGUUUACUUGUUGAACUUUGCAUGUUACAAGCCGGGCCCAGCUCUAACGUGCAGCAGAGAAACAUUCAUGAAAAGAUCAGAGCUUACCGGGAGUUUCUCGGAAGAAAGUUUAGCGUUUCAGAAGAAGAUCCUCGAGAGGUCAGGGUACGGUCAGAAGACAUAUGCAUCCAAAUCACUGUUGGACGUCCCAAGGAACAUGAGUGUCGAGGAAGCAAGAAAUGAAGCAGAGAUGGUGAUGUUCGGAGCCAUUGACGAGCUGUUGGCAAAAACAGGGGUGCAGUGUAAGGAUAUACAGAUUCUUGUUGUGAACUGUAGCGUCUUCAAUCCAACCCCGUCAUUGUCAGCCAUGGUUGUGAACCGGUACAAGCUUAGAGGGAACAUUUUGAGCUAUAAUCUUGCUGGGAUGGGCUGCAGCGCCGGACUUAUUUCUAUAGACCUUGCCAAACGCCUGUUACAGGUGCGACCCAACUCCUAUGCCCUAGUGGUGAGCAUGGAAUGCUUGACUCUGAAUUGGUAUUUUGGCAACAACCGCUCAAUGCUCAUCACAAACUGUCUCUUUCGCAUGGGUGCAUCGGCGAUGCUCUUAUCAAACCGGCCAUCUGACCGCCGCCGAUCAAAGUACGAACUCAUUCACAUUGUACGCACCCACAAGGGCGCAGACGACAAUGCUUACAACUGCAUUUUCCAAAAAGAAGACUGCGCCAAAGAAGUUGGCAUCGCACUCUCCAAAGACCUAAUGGCCGUGGCCGGUGAAGCCCUAAAAACCAACAUCACAACUUUGGGGCCGUCGGUCCUUCCCAUGUCCGAACAACUCCUCUUUUUGGCAAACUUAGUUGGAAGGAAGAUCUUCAAGAUGAAGAUAAAACAAUAUGUUCCAAAUUUCAAGCUGGCUUUUGAGCACUUCUGCAUACAUGCAGGAGGGAGGGCGGUGGUGGAGGGGGUAGGGAGGAACCUCGGACUUUCCGAGUGGCAUUUGGAGCCGUCAAGGAUGACUCUUUACAGGUUUGGGAAUACUUCUAGCAGUUCUGUGUGGUAUGAACUUGCUUACUCUGAGGCCAAGGGGAGGAUCAAGAAAGGCGAUCGGGCAUGGCAAAUUGCAUUCGGGUCAGGAUUCAAGUGUAAUAGUGCUGUGUGGCGUGCAUUGCGAACUGUUGACCCGGCAAAGGAGAAGAAGUACAACCCAUGGAUGGAUGAGAUUGAUGAGUUUCCUGUUCAUGUGGCUGAAGUUUCACCUAUUGCUACUUAAAUCUUCGCACGUAUCUUAUAUGUGAAACCUAAUUAACAUUUCCUUUAAUCUUAGGGCUUCCAUGUUAUAAAUAUCAUAAAGGCUAC